UUUGUGACCACUGUGAUGCCCUGCUUCUUGGCCACCCUUUUUCCUUGGCCCCACUCAGUUGAAGGCUAGUUUGACCGCUUAGGCUUUAUCGAUGCCUAGCCUGUGUGCUCUGGAGGGGCAGGAACCCUAAGCUUCGGAUCUGUUUAGUAGAGGCAUGAACUCAAAAGCCAUUGGGGAGCCCCACCUGCCCAGGAAGAUGGUGUCUCCUCCCUCCAGGGCCCUCUCCCUUGGACAUUUUUGAGAUGGUAUGGCUCCCAGGGCCAAGGUGCCCUGAUUGUGUGAAGGCCACCCAAGGCACUUCAUGGUGUGGGGCUCUCCUCCCUUCUCAGCCCAAGAGCACCUGUGGGCUGACUAGAGCCCCUCCCACACCAUUGGUGGCAUCAGAUCCUCCGCUCUGCUAAGGCCUCCUGUGCUCAGCAUCCUUUCCCAGAUGCUGAGGGCUUAUGGUAAUGCUGUCCAGGCACCUCAGGAACUGUUGCUUUCAGCCAUGAGCAAGUCUUAGAGGCCUCUUUCCUGAUGUGCUUUCUCAGGGGUUGGGCCUGAGUGUUCCCCUAAGGCAGGCUGAUUUUCCUUCCCGCCCAGGCAAACUGACCUGCAGGCUUCCAGGAAAGAUGGCUUGUGGGGUUGUCCCCUCUGUCCGGGACGACAGGACUCUGGCCUGAGCUGCUGCCUCUGGACUGUGACAGUUUCAGCCUCCCCCUGAACAGCAGGGCUGGUCUAGGCCAGCAGAUGCGUAGAAAGACAGCUUCUCUGAAGAGCCCUGUGUCCUGCACAGAGAAACCAGCCAGGGUCCAGGAACCCCUGAACUCCAGUCUGCACUGGCCGGAAGGCUUGAAGGGUGAGGAGAUCAAGAAGUGCGGGCGAGAACGGACACUACUGAGUAAAUACAACCAGCAAUACCACAAGCUGUUUAAGGACAUCCCCUUGGAGGAGGUGGUUCUCAAAGUGUGUUCCUGUGCCCUCCAGAGAGACCUCCUUCUCCAGGGCCGGCUCUACAUCUCCCCCAACUGGCUCUGCUUCCAUGCCAGCCUCUUCGGCAAGGAUAUCAAGGUGGUCAUUCCUGUGGUGUCUGUCCAAAUGAUCAAAAAACACAAGAUGGCCCGGCUCCUUCCCAAUGGCCUGGCCAUCACCACCAACACCAGCCAGAAGUACGUCUUUGUGUCACUGCUUUCCCGAGACAGUGUAUAUGACAUGCUGAGGAGGGUCUGCACACACCUACAGCCUUCCAGCAAGAAGAGCCUGAGUGUAAGAGAAUUUCCAGAGGAACCUGAGUGCGAGUCUCUGGAAGUUCUCAUCCCUGAGAUGAAGUGGAGAAAAGUGUGCCCUGCCUCCAGGUCCCUGUCCCUCCCAGACAACAUCCCUUGUAUCCCUCGGGCAGCCAUGGACUCCACCGACAGCUUCUUUCCCUCCAGGAAGCCUCCAGGCUCUGAGAGUGCUGUCUGUGAGGAGGAGAAGCUGGAGGAGGAGCCCACGAGCGACGGGGAGCUGAGGCUCUGGGAUUGCCAGCUCCUCAAGGUCAUCUUUGUGCUGAUCUGCUUCUUGGUCAUGUCCUCAUCCUACCUGGCAAUCCGCAUCUCCCGGCUGGAACAGCAGCUUCACUCCCUGAAUUGGGAUGGCCCAGUCCCUGGGCACAGGUAACAGCCACCUGGCCUUUGUCCCCACUUCUCCAUGAAGAAUGCUCUGGGUGCUAAGGUUCCACCAGUGAUCCCCGUGGUUUAUGCUGCUGCUGCUGCGCUGAGACUGAGUAUGAAGGAACAUAUUCCAGAUCCUUCCUCCUCCCCCUAAUUCUUAUCCCUCCUGUUUACAAAGCUCCUACAAUUUGGGGACUCAGACAAAUAGCCCGAUUCUUGGAACCAGCUGAGAAAUUCUGUAUACUAAGCUUCGGCAAGCACUUCAGUGGAAAAAGAAAAUCAACUUGCUCCUUGGAAACAGCCUGGCACAGAGGCAGAGGACUGCGAGUCACCCGAGGGACAAAGGCCGUGCUUUGGUACCUGGAACGCACCUCUCCAACUGUCAGGUGGCUCACUGGCACAGUGCGACAGAGGCUCGAACCCAAGCCACCCGCGGGGCUCUGAUCUCUCCCACCAUACUGUGUUCUCACUUGGGCCCCUGGGAGCCAGGGCAGACUGGGGGAGGGGCAGAGGAGGGAGAAGCUGUGAACAAGGAGAGGAGGGCGUGUAACUAGGAUUCCAGCCAGAGAGGAAUGUUCCUUCCCUGUGCUGAGGCUCUGUCCUGGCCCCUCAUGAGGAGCCUGGCUGGUCUGGGGGACGGAACAGCAGAGGAUGGUGGCAGGGGCUGUGAAGGUGAGCAGAGGUUCAGCGUUGUGUGUCCUGAGCUGCCACUUCCUGGUAGGACGGGUGGAGCAGGUCCUUUGAUCAUUGUGGUCACAGACCUGGUAUUGCGUCUUCCCCUCAUGUGCCCAAAGAGUUCUAAGGUGCCCCAGGUGGGAAGUAGGGGCUGGGGCUGGGGGUGGGGGAGGGAAGGUCAGUGGCUUUGAUUUGAGAUCUUGUUUUGUACCCCCUGCCCAACUGCCUGUGAGGCCAUGACCAGGAGCGGCCUGUCAGGGAGGCGAGGCUGGGCAGCUGGGCACUACGUAUAGGGCCACCGCAGGGUAGAGCUCGCUCAUGUCACCAGAAAUAAGUACGAUGCAGGCCAUGGGGGAGGCUUCUCCACUCCAUGAAUAAGGUAGAGGUGUCCAAGGUGGACAGUGCAGGGACCAGGCCAAGGGGUUCUGUCGGAUACCUCUGAGGACAAGAGAGGUCAGGGGACGGGAAGGGUAGACACGGUGGCAGCUUUGUCUUAGCCCCCUCCAUUUCCACCAAGGCCUUCUCUUUUCUAAACAGCUUGUCUAUGUCUCAGAACACUGCCCACUCUCCCUGGCACUCCUGUCGGCCAAGACAGGGCCUUCGGAGGUGAGGUAGAGGGGCCUUCAUGAGGAGUCACUGGUAUCAGGGAAAGUCACUGGGGACGGGGUGAGUGGGGUCAGAAAGAGCCACUGUUUUUCCUCCUUUGGAUGCCCAAGAGGCUAACCAGGGAGAAAUCCAAGCAGAAGUUCUUUAUUGCAGAGCCAUGAUUGUCCUAUUAGGGCAAACCCAAAUGAGAAUUGGAGGCACUGACUGUAGGUGACAAGUCCCUAAGCUCAGACUAGCAGUCUCUUCAUCCUCUCCCCAUUGCAGGCUCAGAGCCCGGGGAGGAGGGGGGGCAGUUUGCUUGCACCUCAUCUGCAUGUAUCAGGUGAAAUUCAUUAUUCCAUCCUCCCCCAUAGCACCACACCGGGGUAAACCCCUUCCUUAUUUUGGAACCAGCCCCCUUCAUCACGCCUCUCCAUCACGUCUUCAGGGAAAUACUUGCCCCAGUGUCUCCCAGCUUGGUCCUUGCUGAAGGGCAGGGAGCGUAGGUCCAUUCUCUGAGCCGUGCGAGGUUGAGCCAGAGGCUCUUGAGAGGCCAGCAGAGGUGCCAAGUCAUGGGUGACUGUGCCAAGAUCCUGGUGAAUCUGGUCUCCAGCAGUGCCCCAGGCUCAGAAGGGGCAUGAGGCGUGCUGUGGGUGGGUGGCUCUGGAGGUCCUCUUGGGUCCAGGGAUUUCAGUGGUGUGAGUGUGCCUGCCACCCUGGAGGACCCUCUCUCUGUUUCUCCCUUUGGUCCCCCAGCCUGGUCCUCUGGGGCCAACGUCCCUUUUGGUUGUGCUCAUUUGUAAGCUCUGUGUAUCUGUACAGACCUGCUUGCACUGGCUGAUGCUCCUCUAACUCCCUGAGAGAUUGGUUCAACAAUCCUUGGGUUGUUAGCCUUUGAAAAUAUUUUAAAAUACAAAAAAUUGAUUUUUCUAGUG